AUGGCGACUGCGGCGCUUCCGGAUGUCUUGUCUCAGUAUCUGAAGACCUGCACCCCCAAGCAGAUUGCAGCGAUCAUCAGCAACCUCCCUGCCUUUCAAACCGAAGGCGCAGCGACUGUUACCGCGAAUGCCUCCAACGGUAGCAUGAACUCCCUUGCGCCCACAAAAGCGAAGAAACGCAAGCUCGCAUCGGACGACAAGGCUGGAAAGCCCUCCAGACCUCUCAACUCUUGGAUGGCCUUUAGAUCCUACUAUUCUCCGAUCUUCAUGAAGACCCAACAAAAGGCAAUCUCUGGCCUCAUGACGAAGAUGUGGAAGGAAGAUCCAUUCAAGGCGAAGUGGACCGUCCUGGCUUCAGCCUACUCUGCUAUCAGGGACAACGUCGCCAAGUCUGAUGCACCUUUGGACGAAUUCCUUCGUAUCUCUGCGCCGUACAUUGGCAUCAUCGAGCCGGUCGCGUACCUUGAGGUGCUUGGCUGGAAAAUCACCAAACUUGAAGCUGACGUGACCGCUCUCGUACGAGUUUUCACGCCUGACCUCAACUCCUUCGAUGCCAGCAUUCGUACGUCUAACCUGUCGGUCGACGACCUUGCCGAUCGUUGCUAUGAAAUUGGUUACAUUGCCCUCGAGAACCUCAAUGCCAUCAAGACACGCUCUCUCUCAAUGGCAAUGAAUCCGGCCAUGACUGUCGCGCAACCAGCCGUGAAGAAGGUCAAGGCUGCCCCUACUCAAAGUUCUCCUCCUCAAGAGCAACCCGCUAUCGCUCAGUCUGCGAUCAAUUCGGGCAAUGAUUUCGACUUCACGACGCUUGGCGCCAUCUUUCAGCCAGGCAAUGCCUCGACAACCACAGCAGAACUCCCUCAGGUGGCGGCAGAAGUCGGACACAUCGUUAGCGUUGCUGAGACUCAACUAGCAGCCGCUGAUGGUAUGAUGGCGAACGACUUCAGCGUUCAACACCCAAACGCGAAUGGCCAUGGUGCGAGUGCGACGGUGUAUCAGCAGCAGUUCACCAUCGCUGAACCCGACUACUCCUCGUUCCAUCCGGAUUAUGACUUCGGUACCCCGUCCUUCGAUCCGCUUGUUGGAGAUGCGUUCGACAUCUACGACAUCACCAACCCCGAAGAGUUGCUCAGGAACUUCCUGGCUAACAGUGUCUUCGACCUGUAG